CGUUUCUCAUGACCACAUGGAACCCCAUCUCUUACGACGUGUUGAGCAGCGACGUUUCGUGAACUGAUCAGCCGGUCCUCAUUACAGACUUAAGCCGACGCCCUUCCCUCCGCAAAACAUUGUCGGCCGAAAGGCAUUCAGCAUUUUAUCAAGAUAUAGUGGCUGCAUCAGGAUGCUUUCCAGCUGCUUGACAAGGGGACUGACAUUAGCCAAAUCUGUGGCUGCCAUCCGUCAUAUCAGCAUCUUUCAUGGAAGGCUGGGUCGCCAAACUGUGCAAGAUGUGAUUGCGCGGCUGGAGUCGCUGACAGGCGCGCAGACGUCAUUCGCGCCGCAGCAGUCGUCAGACCGGGCAGCGCUGGAGCGGAUCCUGCCGCGCAGUCAGGACGAGCUGCCGGCCCGACGCAUGUCCGACAGCUACGACGAGGCGUUUAUUCCGCUCGGCAGCGACCUCAAGCUGCGCGACAAGUACAUCAACUACAUGGGCGGCGUGCGCUCCGGCCGCCUCAUGGAGGACAUCGACGUGUUCGCCGUGUGGCUGUGCUAUCGGUACGUGCUGAACCCCAAACAGCUCCCGAACAUGCCAAGCCCAUUCUGCAUUGUCACUGCACUGGUGGAUCGCAUCGACUUCUCGGCCCACAAUCUGAAGCCUGACGCCGAUAUCCGGCUCUCGGGCAAGGUGACGUACGUAGGCACCAGCUCGAUGGAGACCACCGUGGUGCUGGAGCAGCUCAGCGCUGGCCAGUGGCAGCAGGUGACAAAGGCGGAGAUGGUGAUGGUGGCUCGGGACCCGCUCAACAAGGGCUCGGCCGUGGUCAACCCGUUGCUGGCCGAGACGCCAGAAGAGGUGGAGAUGGUCAAACAAGGCAACGUGAAUAAGCUGCGCAGAAAGCAGAUGUCGGAACAGUCGCUGUUCAAGCUGCCGCCGACGCCGUCCGAGGUGGCGCUCAUCCACCAGGUGUUCAUCGACACGGUGGACCACGGCACGUUCCGGCAGCGGCGGCCCGACGACGCGCUCUUCAUGAGCGAGGCUAAGCUGAAGAACCUCAUCAUCUGCCAUCCGGAGAACCGCAACGUGUACGGUAAAAUCUUCGGCGGAUACCUGAUGAGACAAGCGCUGGAACUGGCGUACGCCAGCUCGCUGAUGUACAUCAGUAGCGGCAGCCGGCCUCGCCUCACUCACGUUGACGACAUCCUGUUUCGGAAACCGGUGGACGUGGGCUCGCUGCUGUAUCUACUGUCGCGGGUCGUCUACACGGAACACAACAACCUGCAGCUGUGCGUCUCGGCAGAGGUGGUGCACCCGCGGCUCGGCACGCGCGACCUCACCAACGUGUUCUACUUCACGUUCAGCGCCAAGGAGCCGGUGAAGGUGAUCCUGCCGCAGACUUACCACGAGAUGAUGAUGUUCCUGGACGGCCGACGGCACUACCAGGCGUUGAUCGGCGAGAAGAAGUUCUACGGCCAGGCGGAUACCGUGGAGGAUGCGCACAGCGGCAUGUAAAGCCAUGCGACUCAGAGGGGGGGCGAGAAGGGCUCGGUCACAGGAGGCCCACCUCUGCUGUGUCUUGGCGAGCCCUCGACCGUUCGCCCUCGGACCAGCAUGUCCCGACGCUUUAAAUGACACGAAGAACUCCCGAUCUUGCGCACCACGGCUUUCCUCGGCGGUGAGCCUGACCAGCAGUGCGAGGUGUUCACAGGGCGGGCUGGUGCGGACUGCCUGCCGUCUGCCGGGCACCAGCUACGUCAGCCGCCCCCCCCCCCCCCCGCGCGCCGCACGUACAGGACUCGCGGCUGAAGCGACGGCCGUCCGCCUGCUCCGGCUUGUCGGCAGACUCGGUGGACUCGGCGCUCUGUCGUCAGACCCGGUGCUCUGCCGGCGGACUCGGUGCUCUGUCGGCAGACUCGCCGCUCUGUCGACGGUCUCGGUGGACUCUUGCUCUGUCGACGGACUUGGCGGACUCGGCGCUCUGUCGACAGACCCGGCGCUUUGUUGGCAGACUCCGUGCUCUGUCGCCUGAUCCGGUGGACUCGGUGCUCUGUCGACAGACCCGGUGCUCUGCCGGCAGACUCGGUGCUCUGUCGACGGUCUCGGUGGACCCUUGCUCUGUCGACGGACUCGGUGGACUCGGUGCUCUGUCGACAGACUCGGUGCUCUGUCGACGGACUCGGCGUUCCGUCGGCCGGCUAGUUUAAGGACCGCGCACGAGGCGUGGACGCGACUGAGACCUGGUCGCUUUACGGGUCUCGGAAGCCUUUUCUUUGGUUUCCCUUUCCGCUCCAUUGCAUUUCACAGUGACCUGAUGCCUAAUGCUAACGUCGGCAAGCUGGCAGCGUCUGCCGAUGAGAUCUGACCACAUGGCGUGUGCAUCCUCUAAACCCGUACUCGCGUCGCAGAUCAUCAAUCUUAAUGCCGUUCCCGGGCUGGUACUGGCUUGAUGGUGUUUCUUUUGCUCCGUAUUGACCCGGAUCGAAAGAGUGCAGAACUGGAAGGCACACUGAUGGAACCAUUGCGUGUUGCGAGGAAUAUCCUCCAUACUCUGUUGCCGUAGCAGGUUCGAUCGUUACAGUUUAACCAACCAGGUUCCACUUUGUUUACUGUGUAUUAGUUAUUCACAUCGUUUGCUGUGGCUAAAAAAAAAAGAAAAAAAGCAUUUGUACCA